AGAGUCAGAGGAUGAAAGCACAGCUAUGCCCUGCAGAGGUACUACAGAACAAGUGGGUCAAGUGUCAUCCGAAACUGUCACUACCCUCUGCUCCCCUUCAUCAGUUGAGAUUAAAAACAGUGUGGCCAAACCAUUCACUCCUCCUUGCAAGAUAAAUAAUGUUGAUGUAUCCAGUGGCAGCAUGAAUGUUGCCAAUCUACCUACCUUCUUACCCUCACUCUAUCCACCCAGUGCUUUCAAUUAUGAGAGGCCAAGCCACUUCAUCCAAUCUCAAUCAAACCUGAAGUCCCCAGAUAGCAUGCAGGCCAACAGAAACACCAAAGCAUCUUCACCUCCCCCCACCUCAUCAUGGCUGAUCUCUUCAAAAUCUUCUUCCCAAACUGUAUCACCCCCCAAGUGCUACAGUGAGACAGCCCUCUCCAGAGUUUCCAGUGCCCAGCUGGGUGACAGGACUUCUCAGACAAUAAAUAUUUUUCCAGCACCGAGGCAGCACUCACCAUCCAUGAGAGGCUCUCCAGUUUCUCCUCACCCCGUUCCUAAGUCAACAGCAAUAACUUACACCUCCCCUGUCUCUACUCUGCAAGUGAGUCCAUCUCCAGCACCUUCAAGUAUAUCUCCAUCCCUGCCUAAGACCAUGAGUCCACCACAGCAGAAAACAUACAUUUCCCUACCAGUGGGAUAUAACCAAGGGACCACUAAUGUCUUCCCUAAGCCAAUCUUAAAGAAGACCACAUCCCGGCCUGUUUCCCAUUCCACUGAUGAAGAAAUUCAAGGGUCAAAGGAUGCCCUCAUACAGGACCUUGAGAGAAAAUUACGCUCCAAAGAAGUACAAAGAAGAAAAAGCUGUCAGAAGUUUUCCUAUGAGGAGCGCAUGGCUCGCCGAUUGCUUGGGCCCAAUAAUGCUGCCGGCGUUUUUGAAGUGGAGAACUCCUCUUAUGCACAGCAAGAGCAGCCCGAUUCUGCAGAGGGACGACAUAUGGCAGGAAUAUGGAGCAAAGAACUCCCUGGAACAGAUGUAAAUGAGAGUGCAGCUACUACUUUAGAAAAGUGCUAUGCACCAAGAUUCAUCCAGGUUCCUCAAGACCUUACCAUGGAGGAAGGAAGGUUCUGUAGGAUUGACUUCAAGGUUGUUGGUCUACCAGCACCUGAUGUGGCAUGGUAUCUGGAUGGGAAGGCCAUUCGUCAGGAUGACUACCACAAGAUGCUGGUGAGUGAGAAAGGCAUUCACUCCUUCAUCAUCGAGAUUGUGACGGUUCACCAUGCAGGCAUCUAUGAGUGCGUAGCCAAGAACAGAGCUGGUGAGAGUCGCUUCUCCCUACGGCUUGAUGUAAUUGCGCAGGAGAUGAUUCGCCCACCCAGUUUUGUGAUGAGAAUGCAGAACAUUCGUGUGAUCGAGGGGGACAUGGUGAGGCUGGAGUGCCAGGUGUUUGCCUCCCCACCACCACAACUCUUUUGGAAGAAGGACAAAGAAAUGCUCCGCAUUGACCCUAGCAGAAUGAGCCUUACCCAGGAUAACUCAGGUCAACUAUGCCUACUCAUCGACCAGGUGAAGAAAUCAGAUGCAGGCUGGUACACUGUGUCUGCCAUUAAUGAAGCUGGCAUGUCCACUUGCAAUGCGAGGCUGGAUGUGGGAACUCACUUGAACAAGGUUCCAGCUCACGUCAAGCCAGUGAAAAUGCACCCCAUUGUCAACCAGUUAUCUGCAUUGGGCCCUGAAAACUCCACACAUCAUACAGCUCCACUGUACGAGAGUGAAGAAUUAUAAAAUAAUAGGUUGUUCGAUAGAUGGAGCAACUUUAUAUUUUAACAGAUGUCAAGCUGCUUUAUAAUUAAGGUAUACUAAUAAUAAGGGUAAACUGAUUAUUGUUUUUGUAUUUUCUGUCUCUAUUCCUGGAUAGAAAUGUGUAGAUUUUAAGUUAGAUUUUUCUGGUACCUAGAUUAUUUUUUGGCAUAUCAUUUUUCAAAACAUGAUAUAUAAGAUAAUUUGUGUAUGUUACUGUGGUAUCACAUUUACAUUUUGUUGGCUUGAGUGUGGCGCUAAAGAUUUGUUUUGCUGUAUCUGAGAGCAGUGUAAAAUUUUAUUCAGUGCUAUCAUUAA